GCCGUCUACGGAACAGGAGUACUACCCUCGGUUUCUGGAUUCGUUCAAGCGCCGGCUGUGCCUAGACGGAUUACCCGUAGUUACCGGAUGACUACCACCGAUCCCAGGAGCCGCUCGUUUCGGCCAGGUUCGCAACCCUACCAUCCUUACCCUACCGUGGAGUCCAAAUCUGACACUUUUCCCAACGCGAGGAAAACCGUUGCGCCAAGGGCUCAAUACUAG